GCUCUAAAAUUUAUGGGCAUCUGGAUCCGAGCUCUUUUUGUUCUUUGUAGAGACCAAAAGUAGCAACACUCCGAUAUGUUUAACAAAAGUAGAGGACCCUCUUAGGGUUUUAUCGUUUGUACAGCUACGCCCUGCACACCCUACGCAUCCGCCUCCACCGCCUAAGAACAGCCUCUCCUCGAGCCUUCACCUCCCCGAUUCAACGUUUCGCUACUUGGGUCGGAAGCUUUGAGCCAGUAUUCCUCUUCCAUAGCCUCCACCAUGUACCACCACCUGUUGAAUAAUACGGCCUCGCAUUUGGGGUAUUCGCAGCUGCUGCAGCAUCAGGACACAUGGCCUCCUGGCGUCGAGGUUCCCUCCGCUCCCGGCGUCAAACGCACCUCCGAAGACUAUUUAACCAAGCGCUCUAAGUUGGAGAGUACGGACCAUUUGCCUAUUUAUCCACAGAGGCCCGGGGAGAAGGAUUGUACCCACUAUAUGCAAACAAGAACAUGUAAAUUUGGAGAUAGCUGCAAGUUUGAUCAUCCUAUUUGGGUUCCUGAGGGUGGAAUCCCAGAUUGGAAAGAGGCACCGCUUGCACCAAACGAACCGUACCCUGUGAGACCAGGAGAACCAGAUUGUCCUUAUUAUUUGAAAACGCAACGCUGCAAGUAUGGUUCUAGGUGCAAGUUUAAUCAUCCAAAAGCAAUGACUGCAGGCACUUUGGAUUACUCUGAUGCAUUGCCUGACAGGCCCUCCGAGCCCCCAUGUGCUUUCUACAUGAAGACUGGAAAAUGUAAAUUUGGGCCAAGCUGCAAGUUUCACCACCCGAAGGAUAUCCAAAUAUCAUAUUCUGGCCAAGAGACUGGUAGCAGUGAGGGUUUGACCAGUCUCACAUUCACCCCAGCGCCCUAUCACAACUCCAAAGGACUACCUGUUAGACCGGGUGAAGUGGACUGUCCAUUCUACCUCAAAAUGGGAAGUUGCAAGUAUGGGCCCACCUGCCGCUACAAUCAUCCUGACAGGACUGCAUUUGUCCCACCGGCUGCUGGGAUAACCUAUCCUCUAGUGGCAUCAACAGCUGCGAAUGUUAACCUCGGGGUUGUUACUCCAGCUGCCUCCCUUUAUCAACCCACGAUUGGUGUCUACCCACAGCGGCCUGGACAAGCAGAAUGCGAUUACUAUAUGAAGACGGGGGAGUGCAAGUUUGGAGAAAGAUGCAAGUUCCACCACCCGAUUGACAGAUCUGCUGCCGCAACUAGCAAACAAGCUUCACAGGAGAGUGUGAAGCUCACUCUUGCAGGGUAUCCCAGAAGAGAGGGUGCAGUUCAUUGCCCUUAUUACAUGAAGACAGGGAUGUGCAAGUAUGGGGCGGCAUGCAAGUUUGAUCACCCUCCUCCGGGCGAGGUCAUGACGAGGACAACGACUUCACUGGAAACUUGUUCAGAGGAUAACUAAAAAACUGAUGUAAGCUUCAACUUGGAGCUUUCUUUGCCUUUGUUGUGUGUGUGUGUGUGUGAGAGAGAGAGUAUGUCUGAAAAAAUGGUGCUGUUUGUAGUAUCCUUCCUUGCUCAUGUGAGAUGAUGACUGGAGAGGCAUUUAUAAUUCAUUUCAAUUGCGUUUCUGUUUUGUCUGAACAUCUUCGGUGGUAUGUAUGCCCAGCUUCUCUUCUAGCAAUCUUCUUGUC